AUGGGCGGCAUAGGCAAAACCACCCUUGCCAAGAAAGUCUAUACUCAUACAGAAGUUGUGCAGCACUUUCCAGAUUGUCGUGCCUGGGCUUAUGUAUCCCAAGAUUGUAGACCUAUAGAGGUUUAUAUGCAAAUUAUUAACCAGGUUUCUACACCAACUAAAGAGCAGGUAGAGAUGAUGGAGAAAUUUCAAGAGAACCAGUUGGGGGAUUUCCGUCAUGAUCAUUUGAAGGGGAAAAGAUAUUUGAUAGUUCUAGAUGAUGUCUGGAGCCAUGCCGAUUGGGAUUGUCUUGCAAGAGUGAGCAGCAGCAAUUCUGAUUGCCUUGGAAAUGUGUUCCCUGAUGGGGGUAAGAGCAGCAGAUUACUUCUUACAACUUGA